AGCGCCAGAGCCUGGAUCGACUUUGACCUGGGACACGGUGGACCCCACAGGUGCGCACACUGCGAUGAGGCCGACUCUUCUGCCGCUGCUGCUGCCGCUGCUGCUCCGCUGCUCCGCCGGAGAAGUGGAGCCGUCUGCCCCCGCUGUAAGAGACUAUUACAUAGCAGCUGUAGAAAUCGGCUGGGACUAUCUCUACCUGGACGAUGGUGACUCCGACCAAAGAUGGCUCUCCAAAGAUAUUCCUCAAAAAUACAUCAAGGCAGUUUACAGGGAGUAUACAGAUUCCACAUACAGUGUCCCCAAGCCAAGACCAGCAUGGACAGGUAUUCAAGGCCCGGUGAUCGUUGCGCAGGCUGGUGACCGGGUGGUGGUCCACUUCAAAAACCUGGCCUCUCAGCCUUACAGUAUCAGCCCUUUAGGAAUCACCUACUGGAAACAGUCUGAAGGAGUCGGGUAUGAUGACUCCACAGCGGGUCAGGAGAAGGAGGAUGACGCCGUCUCUCCAGGAGCAUACUAUGAGUAUGUGUGGGAUAUCAGCCCUAAGGAUGGCCCCACCACCAGCGACCCUGACUGCCUCACCUACUCCUACUCAUCCCAGGUGGACACAGUCCGAGACGUCAACUCAGGACUCAUCGGUGCCCUGCUCAUCUGCAAAUCAAGUGCCUUCACAGACGAAGGCCUGAGGAGAAAUCCAGCAUUCGUCCUGCUGUUUGCAGUGUUUGAUGAGACCAAGAGCUGGUAUGGAGAGAUAGGAGAGAGGAUGAGCAGAGAGAAGUUCAAGAGGAGCCAAGGCAGGAAGGAAUACCACACCAUCAAUGGAUAUGUCAACUCUACGUUACCAGGUUUGACAAUGUGUCAAGGCCGAAAUCAUGUGUUUUGGCAUUUGGUUGGGGUGGGCACGGCUCCAGAAAUCCACUCCAUUCAGUUUCAGGAUCACACUCUGCAGGUGUUGACUCAUCGUAAAGUCACCAUGGAGGUGACCCCUAUGACCUUCAUCACUGCAGAAAUGAGACCCACCACUGAAGGCCGCUUCCUUAUCAGUUGCCAGAUACAUGCUCACCGUCACGAUGGUAUGAACGCCUUCUUCACGGUGGAGAAAUGCCCCGAACCCGUCAUUGUGCCAGGACCUGACGUGCGAAACGUCAAACACGGGGAUUACGGGGGCAAAAGUGAAGACUACACUGAUGAAGAUGAUUUAUUCAACACCAUAAGCUAUCAGCCUAAGAAGCCACAUCUGCAAGCGAGAUCCAACAGAGGACAGCAGUCUCAAACCUGGCAGCAUUAUAUCGCAGCUGAAGAGGUCACCUGGGACUACGCUCCUCAUCUCACACCCACAGACAGUGAAUUGCAAUCCACAUAUUUGCCUGCAUCCCCCCAUCACCUGGACUACAAGUAUAAAAAGGUGGUGUAUGUCGAAUACACCGAUGGAUCUUUCACUCAGAGGAAGAACCCUGCCAAGAAUUUAAUGGGCCCACUCCUGAGAGGGAAAAUCAAUGAUCAGUUCCAUAUCACUUUCAGAAACCUGGCCAGUCGCCCUUUCAACAUCUACCCCAACGGCCUUACCAAGAUCGCUCCACUGCAGAGAACCACAACUGAUGCAGAGAAGGACUUACGCUCCAUGGCAGUGCCCCCCAAUGGAACAUUUGGCUACGUUUGGAAGCUAACACCAGAUGACGGGCCCUUGGAGGGAGACCCCCAGUGUCUGACCACGCUGUAUCAGAGCACCAUCUCACCAGAGAGGGACUUGGCAUCGGGGCUGGUAGGCACCCUGCUCAUCUGCAAGUAUGAGGCCAUCGACACCAGAGGACGCCUGUUGGGGCCGGAUAAAGAGUGGAGCUUGAUAUUUGCUGUGUUUGAUGAGAACAGAAGUUGGUACUUUAACGAAAACAUGCAGAAAUCCAGCCAAAGCUUCUCUAACACCACAGAUGCUGAAUUCUACAACUCCAAUGUCAUCUACAGUGUGAAUGGUAUCAUGUUCAGCGGGCGUCAGUUUGUGAUGUGUCAAACUGAUGUCACCUUCUGGCAUGUGGCCAGCGUGGGCACCCAAAGUGACUUUCUCUCUGUAUACUUCACGGGAAACCUGUUUCAGUACCAAGGCCUCUACAAGUCCGUCCUCACCCUUUUCCCCAUGACUGGCGUGACCAUUCCCAUGGAGACUGAGCUGACAGGUGAGUGGGAGAUCAGUGCUUUCGACGGCAGCCUCAAGAGCCGGGGGAUGAGCAUCCAUUACACAGUUCGUCCUUGCGACAAUGGAGACCUCCCACUAGUCGAUCGAGACAGAGAUGAAGAUGAUAUCAGUGAUUAUAUAGAUCAGAUUGAUCUACUGCCAAGGGGCAGAAGGUCACAAAAUAACACAGUUUUGGUUCGUGUGUGCAAGAAACCCCCAGCUAUCAACAAUACUCAGUCAGGAAACUUCACUAAUGAUAAAACUGAAGGGACUGGGGCCUCUGAAGGACAGAUAUGUCAGCUGAAGAGAGUGUCAGUAACAGGAGGAGAUCCAAACAGGGUGUCAGAGGGAGAAAUCCCACAGGAUAUCUUGGAGAAAAUAGAUAGAGAUAGAGAGUUGACAGUUACUCAGAAUGGGACUGAACCUGUAGAAAACCACGGGGGCAGACAGAGAAGACAGGCAGAGGGAAACCGGACAGAUGGGGACAUUCUCUCUGGAGCCUCAGAAGCUGGAGGAACUGGGACAGAGACUGGUGGACAGUCUGCAGAAAACAAGACUGACACUGAUGCAGAGGUAAAGUCCAAGGAAAGGAGUGAAAUGAAUCUGACAAAAGAGGAGCUUCUAAAGAGCAACGAGAUCUUACUGAACAGCAAUCCACUGUUGACAAAAACAAUCUCAACUGUGGAACCAAGCAGUUCAGAAGAAAUGGAUGAAAACUUUGUACUGCAAAACUACAUUCAGUCUGAACCUGAUCGACUUUCAGUGGAUCUGCUGGCUUUGGACACCAACUACACUGCUGAUAACAACAAUGAAACACAGAUUGACCUGUCUUUAGAGUAUGAUGACUACAGCUAUCAGAUGAACAGCACACAUAUGUCUGCCACAGGCCAUGUGAACCCACGCUCAGGAGGCAUCAAAUAUCGCACUUACUACAUUGCUGCAGAGGAGAUCACCUGGGACUACGGCAUCAGAAAACCACAUCAGUUCAUCAAACCCAGAGAGAUGCGUCGAGGUAUGAGGAAGUUCCUGCCAGAGUAUAAGAAGGUGGUGUUUCAGGCCUACAGGGGUGAAGACUUCCUAAAUCCCAUAAGCAGGGGAGAGAUUCAACAACACCUGGGACUCAUGGGACCUUUCAUCAAAGCUGAGAUUAAUGAUCUUGUCACUGUGAUCUUUAAAAACAAGGCAUCCAGGCCGUACUCCUUUCAUCUUCAGGGAGUGUAUGACCGCAGCCAGGGGGCCGGCAUAGCCCAAACCUAUGCCUCCUCUGCUCCACCUGGUGUCCCAGGAGAGCCCGUGGCUCCUGGUGAGGCGCGGACCUAUAACUGGAGAAUAACCAAGAAACAAGGACCAACUGACACUGAAUUCGACUGCAAGACUGGGGCUUAUUACUCCACUGUGGACAAGGAGAAGGACCUACACUCAGGUCUGAUCGGUCCUCUGGUGAUCUGUAAGCCUGGCACCCUCUGGACUCGUCAGAACACACAGCUGGACGUCCAGGAGUUUUCCCUGCUCUUCCACACCUUUGAUGAAACAAAAAGCUGGUACAUGGAGGAGAAUCUGCGACGGCACUGUGCCCCACCCUGUCAGGCCAACACCGAGGACCCCUGGUACCACAUCAGCAAUAAGUUUGCAGCGAUAAAUGGUUAUGUGGCGGAGACACUUCCUGGUCUGUUGGUUGCCCAGCACCAGCGAGUGAGGUGGCACCUGCUGAAUGUAGGAAGCGACGGCGAGUACCACGCUGUGCACUUCCAUGGUUUGCCUUUCACCGUUCACACUGAACAGGAGCACCGUAUGGGGGUCUACAACCUCUUCCCAGGAGUGUUUGGCACAGUGGAAAUGAGACCCCCCACAGUUGGCACAUGGCUGGUUGAGUGCACCAUAGGAGACUACCAGCUGGCUGGCAUGAGGGCUAAACUGCUAGUGUAUAAUCCACGAUGUGUCUUGCCUCUGGGGAUGAAAUCAGGAAGGAUUGAGGAUUCCCAGAUCACGGCUUCAGAUCACAUAGAUAGGUGGGAGCCCAGCCUGGCGAGGCUGGACCAGUCGGGUUAUAUCAAUGCCUGGAUGGGCAGAAACAAGAUGUCGUGGAUACAGAUCGACCUCCAGAGGCCGACCCUGCUGCAUGGUAUUCAGACACAGGGAGUCAGAUCAAAGCUGAGGGACCACUACAUCACGUUCUUCACCAUCUCCUACAGUCUGGACCAGGAUACUUGGGUCACCUACAAAGGAAACACCACCAGGCAGAACAAUGUAUUUUAUGGCAACAUGGACAGCUCCAGGGUGAAAAACAACCACUUUUUCCCACCAUUUGUGGCUCGCUACAUCAAGAUUCAGCCAUUAAACUAUGUGCAAAAGCCUGCUCUCCGACUGGAGCUUCUGGGCUGCGAUCUCAACAGCUGCUCGCUCCCUCUCGGGCUCCAGAGGCUGAUUCCUGACAGCAGCUUCAGUGCCUCCUCAUCUCAUUCAUCUCUGCUGAGCACUUGGAGCCCCAGCCUCGCCCGGCUCCAUCAGGGAGGCAGAGCCAACGCCUGGAGGCCAAAGAACAACAAUCCCCACGAGUGGCUGCAGGUCGACCUGGGGAAAAUCAGACGUAUCACAGGGGUCAUAACCCAAGGAGCACGAUCACUGUUGACCCAGAUGAUGGUGACGGAGUUCUCAGUCACCGUCAGUCAUGAUGGACACUCCUGGAGCAGCGUGUUAGAGGACAGGUCCCAAAGAGAACAGAUCUUCACAGGAAACAACGAUCCAGAGGAGGAGGCUGUCACACUUUUUGAUCCUCCUCUGUUUGGCCGCUACCUUCGUAUCCACCCACGGGGCUGGAUCAACGACAUCGCCCUGCGUCUGGAGGUCCUGGGCUGUGAGGCACAGCAGGUGCUCUGACUCCACUGGACAAACUCAGCAACCGGCAUGCAGCAGCAUUUUAGAAGCAGCGUUUGUGUGUGAGCGUUUGUGUGUGCAUGAAGUAUCUUAGUUUUGUUGGUUGAUGAGAAAUGUUUCAUUGUUAUGAUGAACACUUCUUAAGUUAUAUAUAUAUUGUUUGAAAUUGAAUGAGAAAAGCUAUUACUUCUGUAGCCACAACUUUGUUUACAUUUUCACCUUUUUGCCAGUGUGGCGUUUGGUCAUUUUACUACUGUUCAGAAGAAGAAUCCUGUCCAAAAAGACAGGAGAUAAGUAUGCUUGAGGUCAUAUUAAAAUGGAUAUAAUAUGUGAAUAUUUUAUUUCACAGCUGAGCUACACAGUAUUUGCUUUCACAGCUGGGCUAACUGCAGAGCAAACCUUUUGAAUGUAAGCUUGUGUAAAUAUUUCAGACCCAGAAGGAUGUAUACAGUUUGACUAGUAGUUGUAUAUGAUGGGGAAAGUUUGUAUUAAUGUUUUUUUUUUGCUUUAUUAGAGUUUAUAUAAACAAUGAAUCUUAAAAGA